AUGGGUUUCAUCAUGGAAUUUGCGGAGAACUUGGUACUGAAGUUGAUGGAGGACCCGAAGGAAAGAGAUCGGAGGUUCAGGGAGCACGUUUAUAGAGUAAAGGACAGGUGCGAGAAGACGAAAGAGAUGUGGAGCUAUCCCAUGAGACCCUAUGGUUUCUGGACAUUCGAACGCCACAAUUCUCAGCUUGCAUGGGAUGCCCAAAUUAGCCAAGUUGCUGGUAGGAGGGAUCCUUACGAUGAUCUCCUCCAACAUUACUCUGCUCCACCUAAAUGA